GCGAAUCCAGGUACGACAUUUACAAGCUCAGCGGUAUGGGUAGGAUGAUAUGACAGCUCACAAUCUGUAGCAGUAUACCGCCCUUGAGUGAUCAGACAUAGCCAGUCAGUGUGAUGGCGCCCGAAUACACGCUGCACACCUACUUUCGCUCCUCUUGUUCAGCACGAGUGCGGAUCGCCGCCGCAUACAAAGGCAUAACACUCCACUAUCAGUACGUCAACUUACUGGAGAAUGAACAGAAGGCUGAAGGGUACAAGAGCGUCAACACCUCAGAGACGGUCCCGACUCUUGUGGUGAAAGACAACACCGUCACCAACAUCAUUCAGCAGUCCAUCGCAAUUCUGGAAUAUCUCGAAGACAGUCGACCCGAGCUUCCCGCGCUACUACCAAUUGACCGCAUCGAACGUGCGCAAGUCCGAGCUCUCGUGCAUAUCAUCGCCUGCGACGUGCAGCCGGUGACCAACCUGAAAGUGUUGCAAAGGGUCCGCGCCCUCGGACAAGAUGGUGCAUCGUGGCAGCGAGACUUCAUGUCUGCUGGCCUAGACGCAUACGAGCAGUUACUUGUUCGCCAACACCAGGUCAGCGCGCGAUAUUCAAUGGGCGAUUUUGUCUCAAUGGCGGAUGUCGUGCUUGCGCCAGCUGUUGACGGAGCUCUGCGUUUCGGUGUCGAAAUUGACCGCUUCCCACGCAUCAAGUCGAUCUAUGCGGAACUGCAACGGCUUGAAGCUUUCCGUGCAGGGUCUUGGAGAAUGCAGCCGGAUACGCCGAGAGAACUCAGAGAGCAAUGAGUACUUCACCGUACAGCGGAAGCUCACGGGUUUGCGAGUAGCAUUUCAUACGCAUUGAGGUUGUUAUUGGCUAGUGAGAUCUGGUCCUUCCCAUGCAUUUCACACUCUAUAGCCACUGUUAAGACGUAAUGCUGAUCUUCAGAUGGAAGCGGACCGAUGGUGAAGACA